UGACGUCAGGACGCCUCGCGGGUUCUAGGCCCCCGCCCGGGCUCCCGCGUUCCGCGCGGGCUGUGCGGAGGCGGGGCGUUGGGCCAGCGGAGCUAUCCCGUCAGACCGCGCCAGUUUGAAUGAAAGCUCCUCAAGAUGGCGGCGGCCGGGGCCGAGGCGCCAGGAGCUUGGUGUGUGCCUUGCCUAGUUUCACUUGAUACUCUUCAGGAAUUAUGUAGAAAAGAAAAGCUCACAUGUAAAUCGAUUGGAAUCACCAAAAGGAAUCUAAACAAUUAUGAGGUGGAAUACUUGUGUGACUACAAGGUAGUAAAGGAUAUGGAAUAUUAUCUUGUAAAAUGGAAAGGAUGGCCAGAUUCUACAAAUACUUGGGAACCUUUGCAAAAUCUGAAGUGCCCAUUACUACUUCAGCAGUUCUCUAAUGACAAGCAUAAUUAUUUAUCUCAGGUAAAGAAAGGCAAAGCAAUAACUCUAAAAGAAAAUCACAGAGCCUUGAAACCUGCUGUUGCUGAAUACAUUGUAAAGAAGGCUAAACAAAGGAUAGCCCUGCAGAGAUGGCAGGAUGAACUCAACAGAAGGAAGACUCACAAAGGAAUGAUUUUUGUUGAAAAUACUGUGGACUUAGAGGGGCCACCUUCAGACUUCUACUACAUUAAUGAAUACAAACCAGCUCCUGGAAUCAGCUUAGUAAAUGAAGCUACCUUUGGUUGUUCAUGCACAGAUUGCUUCUUUGAAAAAUGUUGUCCUGCUGAAGCUGGAGUUCUUUUGGCUUAUAAUAAAAAUCAACAAAUUAAAAUCCCACCUGGUACCCCCAUUUACGAGUGCAACUCAAGGUGUCAAUGUGGACCUGACUGUCCCAACAGGAUCGUACAGAAAGGCACACAGUAUUCACUUUGCAUCUUUCGAACUAGCAAUGGCUGUGGCUGGGGUGUAAAAACCCUUGUGAAGAUUAAAAGAAUGAGUUUUGUCAUGGAAUAUGUUGGAGAGGUAAUCACCAGUGAGGAAGCCGAGAGACGUGGGCAGUUAUAUGACAACAAAGGAAUCACGUAUCUCUUUGAUCUGGACUAUGAAUCUGACGAAUUCACAGUGGAUGCAGCUCGAUAUGGAAAUGUGUCUCAUUUUGUGAAUCACAGUUGUGACCCAAACCUUCAGGUGUUCAAUGUUUUCAUUGAUAACCUCGAUACCCGUCUUCCCCGAAUAGCAUUAUUUUCCACGAGAACUAUCAAUGCUGGAGAAGAGCUCACUUUUGAUUAUCAAAUGAAAGGUUCUGGAGAUGUAUCUUCAGAUUCUAUUGACCACAGCCCAGCCAAAAAGAGGGCCAGAACUGUGUGCAAAUGUGGAGCUGUGACUUGCAGAGGUUACCUCAACUGAAUUUUCAGGAAACAGAACUUAUGACGAUUAUAGUGUUUUUUCUAAUGUUAACAUUUUAAAAGUAUUUUGGACUCUUUUCAUAUUAUCAAGAUUAUACACUACGAUGAUUUACAAUUCACCUUUCAGCCUAUUGACCAAAUGCAUUACCGAUACUUCUGACGAGAGGAACAUAGGGUCACAUAGACUAAUUCUAAAUAUACAUAUUUAGUGGUUAGAUACCAAACAUGAAAGGAAAACUAUUUGUAAAUCAACAGCUAUAUACUUAAGAGGAAGUCUAUGUGAAUAUAGAGAAAUGCCUCCUUCAGUGUUUAAGUGUUAAACUGAUGAUGUAACAGUUGCUAAGAUUGAACAUUCAAUUUGCCAUACACCUUGAAUUUAGAGAAAUAGAGUUAGUUCAUAUUGGACAAAUACACAGGUUCUAUUUUUGUUACUGUCAUUCCUGUUUACCUACUUACAAUUCUUUGUAUUUGAGACAAAUAGGUGAUACUGAAUUAUACUCUAUUUUCUACUUUCAUUAAAACAUUGGUAUCUUAAUGAUAUAGAAAUUUAAGGUCUAAAAUUAAAUGUAAAAA